AUGAAGACCCAUUCAGCAUAUCCGUCGUCGCCAUUCUUUCUGCAACAAAAGACAAAGGGCGAAAUCAUUGUCAAAGACCCGCCCAAGUUCGACCUGGAGUCUUAUAUUGCAAAUUACUCUGGCUAUACUCGGAUCGACCGUCUCCACCACAUAGGCGCCCACUCGACAUACCUCGCCGUAGACGCCUAUCGCCUUGCUAUUGCAGAGGCAAAGAGGGGCAAGAAUGUUGACCUCUACACGACCCUCGCCGAUGAACUUAGCAACAUAGCACCCAAGGACCCUGCCGCCCAUAUAGACACGGCAUGGGCCGAGAAAAAGUCUCGGGAAGUGCGCGAGGAGCAUGACAGACUGGAGCACGAAUUAAAGUCGUAUAAGAACAACCUAAUCAAAGAGAGCAUACGGAUGGGCAACGAGGAUCUCGGCCAUUUCUACUACGACACCGGUGACUUCCCUAACGCGCAGAAGGCCUACAUGAAGAUGCGCGAACAUUGCACGUCGCCCAAACAUCUCUCCGAUAUGACGCUCCGUCUCGUAUACGUUACCAUUGCGCAAAAGUCAUGGACAAAUGUACUGGCAAACCUGGCCAAGUCGGAUGCCACACAACUCAAAAACGAGGAGAAGGCAAAGCUGGAGCCCAUCAUAACAGCUUGCACUGGACUGUGUCAGAUGGCUACUGGAAGUUACCGUGAAGCUGCGUCGUCCUUCAUUGGUACCCCGGCGGCAUAUCUGACCGUGGAAUCGGCAGGAGGCAUCAAAUGGCAAAAAGAGGUCAUCUCGGGCAACGACAUAGCGGUAUACGGCGGCCUAUGUGCACUCGCAUUCAUGGACCGCAGUGAACUACAGAAUAGGGUUCUGGCGAACAGCGAGUUCCGCAACUUCCUUGAGCUUGAACCACACAUUCGACGCGCCAUCAAUCUCUUCUGCAACUCCAAAUACAGCGCCUGCCUCGAAGUGCUUGAGGGCUACCGCAAUGACUAUCUCUUGGACGUCUAUCUUUCAAAGGUACUGAACAUAAUCUACAGCCGUAUUCGAAGGAAGAGCAUAGUUCAGUACUUCAUACCAUUCAGUUGUGUUACGCUUGCAGAGAUGGCCUCCAAGUUUCCAGCAGCAGAAGGCAGGACCAUCGAGGAGGACCUAGAAGAUAUGAUCAACCAGGGCUCUCUCGAUGCGCGGAUAGAUCUCGUCGAUCGUCUGCUCAUCUCCCCACCUACAAACCCGCGCUACGAUGUACACACAGAUGCUCUUACAAUGGCCGAGACGUACGACCACACUCUACGUCUUCGGUUGAUGCGUCUCAACAUGCAGGCAGCGGGUAUGGAGAUUCAGGCUAGCAAAUCGACCGACAAAGGAUCGAGUAUCAGCAGCGGUAUUGGUAUUGGUGAUAGCUUCCGUAGCAUGGGUUCGAAAAUGGGAUUUUAG